AUGUUUACUCAGCCAGUUGUUUCAACGCCUACGGGCCCUACACAGUCAUCGUCUACUUCGACCUCGAGACCCAGUCGUCUCCGAGGUCUCAGCUACUUGCGCAACUAUACACAAAACCAUAUUCUUUCGCGCGAUAGUCACCACAGCUCUGGAUCAGGCCCAGGCACUGGAACAGCAAGUGCACGCAGCACGUCCCCCAACCGACACGCCUCUAGCCUCACGCGAUCUCUCAGCCAUUCGCCUACCACGAGUGGACCAUCCACUGGAGCCCAGGGCCAAAACAACAACCACUUGACCCUCGUCAGUUCGACACCCGAUCCCGUGAGGAAUUUGACAUCAGCGGCCACCACAACUUCGAUACCUGCGCUGCCACCUACUUCUGCACCUGCUUCUGCUGUUCCUGUCGCUGCCAAUUCUUCUGCUGCAUCCCCUAUUGCGCCCGCACCUGGCUCUGUGGCUUCUUCCGACGUCAACGACCCCGCCAACGCUGCAAUAGAAUCAUCGACUACCGCAGACCCUCAAACUGCUACCGCCGACAUGAACCAAGAUCAACCUACCAUGACGAGAUCACGAUCGGGGACCACUGGCGAAGGGGGCUCAUCGACCCCUGAGACUACACCGUCAAUUCGACUUUCAGCCUACUACGAUCCGCGAUCUACACGCCCAUCCCUGACAUUUCCCCCCAUUUCUAGGACUCUACCUACGGGUUCCGAGAAGAUUCGAGUUGGUCGCUACUCGGAGCGCGACAGCCAUUCCAUGUCUAACAUGCCUGGAAACCAGCCAUCAGCCGCGCCCGUUGGUUUUAAGAGCAAGGUUGUCAGUCGCCGACACUGCGAAUUUUGGUAUGAGGAUGGAAAAUGGUAUAUCAAGGAUGUCAAGAGCUCUUCCGGCACAUUCUUGAAUCAUAUUCGUCUGAGCCCACCUUCGCAAGAGAGUAAAGCGUUCCCGGUCAACGAUGGCGAUAUCGUGCAGCUCGGAAUUGACUUCAAGGGAGGAGAGGAAAUGAUCUUUCGAUGCGUCAAGAUGCGCCUCGAACUUAACCGUGGAUGGCAAAAUAAGCUUAAUACUUUUAAUAUGGCUGCGCACAAGAGACUGCAGACGAUGGCUUCCAGUGGAGUCGCUGGUACCAGCUCUCAAGAUUGCUCCAUUUGUCUGAGCUCUAUUGCUCCCUGCCAGUCUUUAUUCGUGGCACCUUGCUCGCACACAUGGCAUUUCAAGUGUGUGCGAUCACUACUCAACUCGCCUCAAUAUCCGAUUUUUAUAUGCCCCAACUGCCGUGCCGGUGCCGAUCUGGAAGCCGAUGUCGACGAACUGGCUGAAGAAUGGCAACAAAUGAAGAACGAAGCUGAAGCCGAAGCCUCGACACCAGCACAAGUUGAUACUGAGCCAGAGACAGAUACAGCACCUCCCGCAGCUGAUUCUGGAAUAUCGACACCCGAGCGAUCGAACACAGUCGACAGCGAUCAUAUGGACCUUACAGUCAACAUCACGCCCGAGACUCCGCAAAGAAACGAAGUCAACCAUGCUGUCUCCGAGCCUUUGCCUAUCAGAUCAGUCUCAGGUGCCCGAAGCAGUCGUCUCGGCGACAGUCGAACGCCAUCUCCCCCAGGCGGCGCCGAGGGACCAAUUACUCCCCGAAAUAAUGUCGGACCCUGGGUUUUUGAUGGCAGUGCCGGCCGUACAGUCAGCGCCACAGAAGGCGAGAUGACCAGCAUAGACGCCGCAGCACAGCCAGAGGCGAGCGACAAUGAUACCACAGUUCGCCCACAAUAG